GGGUAUUCAAAAAUGGAAAACGAAGGUGUACAUAGCUUUAGCAUUUUUACAGUUUGACAAUAUCACGUUAAUUGGCAGUGCAUUUUAUACACGAAGAGUACUCAAUAUUCACUUUCGCUCGGCUCUGCGCAUGGGAACGUCAAAAUUCUGUUGUCGGGUGAGUGCCUUAGCUAAGGGAGCGUCUUCAAAGGUCUCGGCUGGGAAAUAAACGUUUGGGUGCGCAGCAGUCACCAGUGAAGCUGCAGAGAUGCAUGCAGGGAGCAGCCAUGCAGAGAGAGUCCUAUACAGCCUGAAUCAGCAACGAGCAGCAGGAAAGUUUUGUGAUGCAGCCAUAAAUGUGGGGGAUGGAGCUCUGAUCUACGCCCAUCGUAACGUCCUGGCCUGUUUCAGUGAACUGUUCCAGAACCCCAGUAGUCCCACUUCAAUGAGCAUUGAGAUAUAUCUGCAGGAGUGUCCCAGUGAUGGUCUGGAGCUACUGCUAAACUUUAUGUACACUGGACAGUUAAAGCUUGAUGCAAACAACCUGAGUCAGGUGACGAAUGCGGCAGCCAGCCUGUGCAUACCUGAGGCCCUCGUGCUCUGUCAGCAGUUUGACUCCCGCAGCUCUGCCGCAGCUCCACCACCUGUUAAGCGUAAAAGAGGGAGGCCACGAAAAGCUGUGUCACAAACAACUCCUUAUAACUCAGUCAAGGAAGAGAACCUGCUGACAGACACCAAAGAGGAGUUCCAAUCUGACGCAGUCAGCGCUGGUGUUGAUGACCUCACCAGUACUGCCCUGACAACAACUACUCGUUCUGGUCGAGUAGUGAAGGGCCCCAGGCGACUGGUGACUGAUGGGAAUCCAACCAUUGACUUGAUAACAUCUGAAACAUCUAGCAAGAAGAUCCUAGAUAUUCCCUUGGAAAAAGAAGGUUGGGAUGUUGUGGAUCACCAAAAUACAGAUGGAACGACUGGAGAAACACAGAUUGCUAUUAUUGAAAACAGUAGUAGCCUGAAAGGCCAGGCAGCAGAGGGAGAUGAUCACGAUGACGAUCAUGACGAAGAGGUGACGGAAGACUCAGAUGAAGAUUACGUGCCAGAUUUCCAGCCGGCUUCUUCUGCUGCCUGCACAUCGACAUCACAAAGACGGAAGGCCAAGAGUGACGCGAUGAUGAUGGAGAAUGGCGAGGAUGGGGAUGAUCAGGCCAAGAAGGACUCAGUGCAGUGUCCAAUCUGUGACAAAUCCUUUAAAAGUAAAUACUACCUUAAAGUCCACAACAGGCGACACACCGGGGAGAAGCCUUUUGGUUGCUCUAAAUGUGGGAAGAGAUACUUCAGGAAGGAGAACCUUAUAAUACAUGAGAUAAGAGAUUGCUCUAAAGUUACUACCUACAGCUGCACGAGAUGCUCCUCAACUUUUGAUGAAAAAGAGCAGCUACGUUUGCACAUGGCCUUCCACACUGGAGACAUGCCAUAUAAGUGUUCUUUGUGUCCAGAGCAAUUCUUGUACAAGAAAAAUUUGUCAUUUCACAUGAUGAAGAUUCACGGUUUCCCAAAACCUCACGCAUGUCCCCAGUGCCCAAAAACAUUCUUAACCAAAACAGAACUGUGCGUGCACGAAGCAGCCAAACAUCGAGGUGAAAAGCCGUUUGUGUGCGAGGAGUGUGGACACCGGGUGUCCAGCCGAAAUGGCCUGCAGAUACACAUUAAAGCCAUUCACAGAAAGGAGAAACCGUAUAUUUGCAUGUUAUGCGGCCACGCAUUCGCCCAAAAGAACAAUCUUAACAUGCACAUGCGAAUACACAGCGGCGAGAAGCCGUACCAGUGUCAUAUGUGUGGUAAAACCUUCAGGACACAAGCCAGUCUAGACAAACACCAUCGGACACACACCGGUGAGCGCCCCUUCGGCUGUGACAUCUGUGAGCAGCGUUUCACAGAGAAAGGCGCUCUGGUCCGGCACAAGGCCAGCAAACACGAGGAAGGUCGUCCCCACUGCUGUCACGUGUGUAGUAAAACUUUCAAAGCUAAAGAGCAGCUCCGUGUUCAUGUGCGUCGCCACAAGGGCAUGAGGAAGUUUGAGUGCAACGACUGUGGAUACAAAUUUACCCGACAGGCACACCUGAGAAGACAUAUUCAAAUCCACAAACGAACAGAGAACUACAACCCGCGGCAGAGGAAACUGAGGAACGUGAUAGUGCAGGAUACUGAAAGAAAUUCUGCUGACGGUCAGUCUUCUAAAUCAAAAAAGACGGGCCCCGGGACCCCCGAGCAUGAGGAGGGGUACGUCCAACACACCAGUGACUCCGUACGUCAGAGUGACGUCUCGCCUGAACACGGCUCCAGCUGCAUGAUGAGGGUGGAGCUGGAGCCCAGCCACCAGGUGAUGGAGGUGGUCGUUUCUGACCAGAGCCACGCCGAGGCUUCCAAGAGUUUCUCUGUUCCAAACGUCCUGGAGCAAUCAAAGCUGAUCACUGAGGCGUACGAGUUCACCGUCAACAUGGAGGACAUCGCAGAGAGUGUGUCAGAGAGGACUGAGGUCUAGGUGGACAUCUGUUGUCUUACCCAGACCAUACCCGUUGUUCAUGUCAAACAUGUCUUGCUUAAGCCAUUUAUUUUGGACGUGUAGACAUGGAGCGGUGUUGCUGGAGUGGUAGACAUUGUUGAAAAUGA